AUGGCGAGGUCGGCGUGGAGGUCCCUGUUCGGGUGCUUCAGCUCGCACGCCGAGGCCGCGGCCGCCGCAGCCGCCGCCGGCAAGGGCGAGAAAAAGGGCAAGGCCUCCAAGAAGAAGAAGAGCAAGAAGAAGGUGGCGGCGGCGGGCAAGGCGCCGAGGCCGAGCCGGUCGCUGCACGGCCGGAUGUCCUUCUCGGACCUCAGCAUGAGCGGCGGCAUGGUGUCGCCGGAGGACCUGUCGCUGUCGCUGGCGGGGUCCGACCUCCACAUCUUCACCAUCGCCGAGCUGCGCGCCGUCACCAGGGACUUCUCCAUGACCAACUUCAUCGGCGAGGGCGGGUUCGGCCCCGUCUACAAGGGCUACGUCGACGAGAAGGUCAAGCCCGGCCUCCGCGCGCAGCCCGUCGCCGUCAAGCUGCUCGACCUCGAGGGGAACCAGGGGCACAACGAGUGGCUGACUGAAGUCAUAUUCCUGGGGCAGUUGAGGCAUCCUCACCUGGUCAAACUGAUUGGUUAUUGCUACGAGGAUGAGCACAGGCUCCUCGUGUACGAGUUCAUGACCAGGGGCAGCCUGGAGAAACUUCUCUUCAAAAAAUACGCGGCGUCGUUGCAAUGGUCAACACGGCUGAAGAUCGCCCUGGGCGCCGCCAAAGGGUUGGCGUUCCUCCAUGAGGCCGAGAACCCGGUCAUCUACCGGGACUUCAAGACCUCCAACAUCCUGCUAGACUCGGAUUACAAAGCGAAGCUGUCGGAUUUCGGGCUAGCCAAAGAUGGACCGGAAGAAGACGAGACGCACGUCUCCACCCGGGUCAUGGGCACGCAGGGCUACGCCGCGCCGGAGUACAUUAUGACAGGGCAUCUGACGGCCAAGAGCGACGUGUACGGCUUCGGCGUGGUGCUGCUGGAGCUGCUGACGGGGCGCAAGUCGGUGGACAAGAGCCGGCCGCCGCGGGAGCAGAACCUGGUGGACUGGGCGCGCCCCUACCUCAACGACUCCCGGCGCCUGGACCGCGUCAUGGACCCAAACCUCGCCGGGCAGUACGCCGGCGGGGCCGCGCAGAGGGCCGCCGCACUGGCCUACAAGUGCGUCAGCCUCAAUCCCAAGUCCCGCCCGCACAUGUCCGCCGUCGUCAGCGCGCUCGAGCCGCUCCUCGCGCUCGAAGAGGAUAGCCUCGCCGGGCCGUUCGUCUACGUUGCGCCGCCUGACAACGGCAGCAGCGGCGGUGGCAGCAGGGAGGGGCGCCACAGGAGGCGAGCGGGCCGGAGGGAGUCCGGAGACGUGGCCGAGUCGGUGGCCGUUGUUGUUGAGCGCGAAUGA